ACUCCCCCAGCCCCAGCACCCAGGAGGCUGAGCCAGCAGCCACCGAGCAGCACUGGCCCUUCCCGGGACCCGAGGACAAGGCCACUGAGCCCCCUGGGGAUGAGCCUGGCCCCAGGCCGGAGUGGACAGCGGGGGGUGACACCCUGGGGGACCUGGUGACCCUGGAGCCUACUGAGCCCUCCCCGCUGCCUGCGGCCACUGAGCCUCAACCUGAGGGGACCCCCAACCCUGAGAGCCUCAUCGACCUGUGGCAGAGCGAUUCUGCUGCCGGGCCCCUGCCCGUCGCCCCUGUCCCUGAGGGCCCCCCGGCCGUGUUGGCCGACGAGGGGCCCCUGCUGAGCCUGGAUGAGCUGCCUGAGCCCCCUGCCACCUUCUGCGAUGCAGAGCAGGAGGAAGAGGAGGAGGAGGUGACCG